GCAUGUCAUUCUAGUAUACGCGCGGCCGGCCGCUUGAGCGCACGCUUCUGUCAAUAAAUAAAAAAAAACAACUGUCAAAAUUGACGGAAUAUUUCAAUCGCGCCCCUUUAUCAAUAAUUUAUAUACUGUUUGGUUAAAAAUUAUCUGUGGACGCCGUUUUCUUGAUACAAAAUUUAUAAGAUUUAGCGAUUGCGUUAACUUGUUAAGGAGGACAAUAAAGGUAAAGGUGGUUCCAGUGACGGAGAGUGAAAUAGUGAUAUAGUGGAUGUGUAGUGUUUCUGUUAUACAAUGAGAAGACGUUUGUGCUGCUGACUGCCCAACGCCGAUUACAUUAUUAUGCAAGUGUGGCCGUACUAGCACAUCAACAUUUGAGUUGACAUUUGAGGCAAUGUCGAGUGAAUAUUGUGAAUAUUAAACGAUGGCUUUGGCAAACUUUACUGUGGCUACUAGCGGUGUUGCCACUCCGGCACUCCCAGCAACCACUGCAGCGCCUUUUCGAGUAAAUCUUGAUGAUUUGUUAUACUCCCCCGAAGAACAACAGGCUGGAUAUGCCCCUCAUUACAGUGGCAACGAACCAUUCACACCCCCUAAUUUACAACAGCACAGAAAGUCUAAAGUUCGAAAACGUGCUGGUACUGCAUACCUUCCGCCACCAAAUCAAUUCACGCAUUAUCCACGACAAGAUAACAUACCUCAGAAUCCUUUCAAUAGUCCACUACACUCACAAAUCUAUCAACAAAAUACAAGGCUUGGCAUUCAAAUAGAAAACCAACGAGUUCAUGAUAUAAAUUCUCAGUUCGAUAAUAAUGGACAGUACGUACAUGAUCCAACUGGCGACUAUGAUUACGAACAAAAAAGAACUGAUAAAAAUAUGCCAAAUCUUGCCACUUACAAUCCGGGAUACGUGGAUCUACCUUACGCACCAGCUUCAACGCAGAGUCCUUUAUCUAGUCGAAGGUUUGAGAAUAUACCAAACCAAAAUACAAAUACUAAUGUUCCGAGUAUGACAACGUCACCUCAAAGUUCUCGAAAGCCAACUGAUGCUGGAUCUAACACAAGUGGAAGCAGUACCAAUACACAGGUACCUCCAGACCGUCCUCGAGGUUUUACUAAAGUGGAAACAGGAGGCACGGGCGGCAAAACUCAAUUGCACGCCAUUUUGGAUUACGACGACGAUUAUUAUGAAGAUGUUCCUGGAUCAGAUGUAGGACAAGCAGUGACCCCGUUACAAGGGCCGAUAUUAUUGCGUAACGGGACCGUGCCUGUUGUUCCCCUAACCUCCUAUCCCACUGUCAACAAUGGAUCGUUUUACCAAAUACCUAUCCUGUGGACCGCCCUGUCUCUAGCCUUGGGGUACGAACUCCAAGGUCAAGUGAUUAGAGGAGUGCCGUGCGUCAAAAGAAACUUUCAACUCUAUUGUCCAACCGCUGGCAACACGUAUCCUCUAGAUAAGAUUGAAACAUUUAUAGAUGAGAACAAAGCUUUAAUAAAGCGAAUGUAUGGUUCAUUCACGGUUCCCGGCGGAACUAGAGUGAGAAGAGCGCCAGGGGUUCCCGAUAUGCACUCCGGAGACUCCUACUUCCGACAUAUAAGACAGACGAAACCGAAACUACCAGAUACACAAUCAGUUAAUAAUACCGGAAGGAUAGAUGCUUGUGAAAGUAAAACUGAAAUAAUGACCCCGUACUGGGCUUUGAACUCUGCAAGGAAAGUUCGAGCAAUUGUGAACACGAUGCACUUCGAACAGGCCAUACACCAGGAGGUUUGCAGCAAAAAGUCAACAUCAAGAUGUUCGGCGGACUGUGGUUGCGAACAGAAGUACAAGUGGCAUCGACUCCUCGCCUACGAUCCCAAUGACGACUGCGCCGGUAUAUUCAUGGACUGGUUCUUAUUUCCCUCCUGUUGUGUUUGCAGGUGUAAACCGUAAUCAAAAAUCUUGAAGAAUUAUAGUAAAUUUGUUCGCGCUUCAUUUUAAUACCAGGAACGAUAUUCAGAUCAAGUAAUGAUUAUAUAACUUUUUCGACAUUAUUUAUAAUGUAAGUUGAACUCUUUAUGAUUAUGAAAACCGUAAACCUGUACCUAUCUGUAUAAAUUAUUACUUAACUAACAAAGUAUGUUAUCGCUUUUUUAUUUUUAACGUCUUAAAAUCCAUGCGAGUAAGGUUCGAUGAAUUUUGCAAGUUUUAGUUAGGUGCACUUUACUCCUACGUUCUCUUUUAUUUUAUAAAGGCAUGUGUAUAUUGCUUUAGUAUACUCUCUGUCUCUUACCAUAUUUCUAAUUGGCUGGAAUUUACGUGGUAUACAAUCGUAAAACAUGAGAGUUAAUGUAAUUCUGACAUUACUUGAAAUUUAGUAGUAUUUCUUAUUUUUUUUUUUUUUAUAAAUGACAUUGACAAGAAAUAUCAAAUGUCAACUACUGUGCCAACGUAGUUGUUAUGAUCUGUAUUUGACAAUGAUGUUCUGUUUAAAUCGAGGCUUUAAAAAUACUACAGUCAUAACAAUCGUUAUUACUGGAGACCGACUUUUGUUUUUCUAUUACUCAUUUGGUCAUUUCCUCAUUUCGUUCAUAUUUGUGUAACUUUUGAAAGAAGAAAAACCUGUAUUUAUUACGAAAAUAAUUUGGAAAGUUGUAUACGAUGAAGUUGAUAAAUUGUGCUUUGAUUUAUUACACACUUAUCCUCUUUAAUUGUUAAAAAAAAUGUGCUAUUAAAUGUUAAGAAUCUAUGUAUGUAGUAUCUUACGCACGAGUUGUAUUGAAUUUAAUAUAAGUACAUUAAUUAUAAAUUGACACUAGUACAUUAGAUUUUUGCAAAUUGUGAAGUAUAACAUUGAUAAGAUCUCGACAAUACGCGUAUUAUAGUUUAAAGUAGCAACAAAGUAAGGUACCUUUUGUUUGCUUAGCAUAAGACAAAAAAUACACUGCCGAAUAAAAAUUUUAAUUGAAGCUUAUUUAUUAAACGUAUAAUUUUAACUACACAUUGAAAUAUAUUGUAUAAAGGAUUUUUGAUAACAUUAAAAUUAAAUCCGAUCCUUUCUAUGUAAAAAUCAUAUUUAUAAUUGGGUUUUGCUUUACCUAGUAAUAUUUUUAUGUUAUAAUGCUUAUUUAAGUCCUGCAUAUAUAUUUGUAAGAAUUUAAUGAACAAAGAUUUUUAAUCUUGUAUUAAUAGUAUAAAUUCAAUUCUUAAGAUUCAUAUAUUUUAUUCAUAGUUAAUUUCAUUAAAAAAGUUCCAUUUGCAAGAAUAAAGUAUUUGAAAUGAAA